AAACCUUAAAAAAACUUCAAAUUGCUUGUAACAAAGAGGUUAAGAACCAGAAAGCAGAUUCCAAUUUAGAUAAUAUGGAUAAUGACUUAUCCAAAAAAAAAAAAAGGACCAAAAGGAAGAAAAAUUACAAAAAGGAUGAUACUUCUAGUUCAGAGAUGGAAGAUACUAAUAAUGAGUUGGCUCCAAUUGAAAAACCAAAUGAAGCAAUAUAUAUUAAUAUUUCUAAAACACUCAAACUGGACAAACCUGUAUAUAAUAGCUAUCAGACGAAUGAU